AUGGCUCCACCCACACCAAUAUUCGGAAAGGAAGAAUUGAGUCCACUGCUCGAAAAAAUCCACGGACCAUGUCAACUGUACUCUUUGAUCCAAAACGAAUGCACCUACGAUGGUCAAGGGUACAUUUGCGUUCCCUUCAAAAGGUUAUUUGAAGAGUGUAGCGUGGGCGACCGAACAAUAAGAGUUGAGGUUACAGAUGCUCACACAAAUAAAAAUAUCCUAAAUGAUGAGAUAGUCGAACGAUUCUGGAAUUCCACGCUAUCUGGACGUAUUUAA